AUGUCUGCCCCCAAACACUACCACUUUGAAGUCGUGAUGACCUGCGAAGGCUGUUCCAACGCGAUCAAGAGAGUUCUGACUCGAUUGGAGCCCGACGUAUCAGAAAUAAACAUUUCCCUAGAAAAACAGACUGUAGAUGUCAAAAGCGUACUACCGUUUGAAACGGUGCUGGACAAGAUCAAGAAGACAGGCAAGGAGGUAAAACGAUCAGAGAUCCUUUGA